AUGAAUCAAACUAUCGAAUCUACUUCUCAAAACAACGAGAAACAAAGCAACAUGGUCAACUUCUUAAAGAUUGUCAAGACAUUUAAAGGCGAACCAGAUGAAUAUUUCACUUGGAAAGCUGCUAUGCAAGGUAACAAGGAAUUGUUUGAAGUCUCAGACAGACAAUUUAUGGCUGGUCUUUACAACUAUUUCGAAGGUAACGCAGCUAACUGGUUGAAGAACACAAGUUUCAACUCUUACGAAGAAUUUUGGAUUACGUUAGACACCAAGUACCAAUCUGACAAGAACAAUGAGAUCGCUACUAAUUUCCGUUUAUUGAUGUCGCCACCAAAGAACAUUAGAACAUACAGAGAAUAUGUUAAUCACUUCGAAAAUAGAUUAGCAUUCCUCCCAGCCGAUUUCAAGGACUCAUCAUGGAAAUUAGCUUGCUUCUUAUUCCCGUUACAAUUAGGAUUACAAGAUGCAAUCCGUUCCCAGAACCCUCAAAAUGUCCAAGAAGCCAUCGUCAUCGGAGAAAAUAGAUCCAUUAUGUUCAAGGAUUCUAUCUUAGACCCAAGAUUCUGUGGCCUAGUCAGUGAUGUCCAUGGGGACAAUACCAAAGGCAAUCACCAGUUCAAUCAAUCAGCAAUUGUUUGUUUCAAUUGUGGUCGUUCAGGACAUAAAUCUAACGAAUGCCGUAACUCACACGGUAGACAACCUGGAAGACAUCGCUAUAAUCAAAAAUCUUUUAGGAAGUCCGGAUCCAACACUAUCCCUAUUAGUGACUUGAGUUCAAAAAUUAAGUAG